ACACUCACCAGUCUUGGCAGUUAUGGCGGGUCUGAGCGGCUCACAGAUCCCCGACGGUGAGUUCACUGCGGUGGUGUACCGGCUCAUCCGCGACUCCCGCUACUCAGAGGCGGUGCAGCUGCUGGGCGCCGAGCUGCAGCGGAGUCCCCGGAGCCGCGCCGGGCUGUCCCUCCUGGCCUACUGCUACUACCACCUGCAGGAGUUCGAGCUCGCUGCAGAGUGCUAUGAGCAACUGAGCCAGAUGCACCCGGAGCUCGAGCAGUACCGCCUGUACCAGGCCCAGGCACUGUACAAGGCCUGCCUGUAUCCAGAGGCCACGCGGGUCGCCUUCCUUCUGGACAACCCCACCUAUUAUAGCCGGGUCCUUCGUCUCCAAGCUGCUAUCAAGUACAGUGAGGGCGACCUGCCAGGAGCCAGGAGCCUGGUGGAGCAGCUGCUGAGUGGGGAAGCUGGAGAAGACAGUGGAGGGGAGAAUGACCCAGAUGGUCUGGUCAACAUGGGUUGUCUGCUCUACAAGGAGGGACACUAUGAAGCUGCCUGUUCCAAGUUCUUUGCAGCCCUGCAGGCUUCUGGCUACCAGCCUGAUGUAUCUUACAACCUGGCUUUAGCUUGUUAUAGCAACAGGCACUAUGCCCCUGCUCUAAAGCAUAUCGCCAAUAUCAUUGAGCGUGGCAUCCGUCAACACCCAGAGCUAGGUGUGGGCAUGACCACUGAAGGCAUUGAUGUUCGCAGUGUGGGCAACACCGUAGUCCUUCACCAGACUGCUCUGGUUGAAGCCUUCAACCUCAAGGCAGCCAUAGAGUACCAACUGAGAAACUAUGAGGCAGCUCAGGAAGCCCUCACUGACAUGCCACCCAGGGCAGAGGAAGAGUUGGACCCUGUGACCCUGCACAACCAGGCUCUGAUGAACAUGGAUGCCAGGCCUACAGAGGGCUUUGAAAAGCUCCAGUUCCUGCUCCAGCAGAACCCCUUUCCCCCAGAGACCUUUGGCAACCUGUUGCUGCUCUACUGUAAAUAUGAGUAUUUUGACCUGGCAGCUGAUGUCCUGGCAGAAAAUGCCCACUUGACCUACAAGUUCCUCACACCCUAUCUCUAUGACUUCUUGGAUGCCAUGAUCACUUGCCAGACAGCUCCUGAAGAGGCUUUCAUAAAGCUUGAUGGGCUGGCAGGCAUGCUGACUGAGCAGCUCAGGAGACUCACUAAGCAAGUACAAGAAGCAAGACACAACAGGGAUGAUGAAGUUGUCAUAAAGGCUGUGAAUGAAUAUGAUGAAACUCUUGAGAAGUAUAUCCCUGUACUGAUGGCCCAGGCAAAAAUCUACUGGAAUCUUGAAAACUACCCCAUGGUGGAGAAGAUCUUCCGCAAAUCUGUGGAAUUCUGUAAUGACCAUGAUGUGUGGAAGCUGAACGUGGCCCAUGUUCUCUUCAUGCAGGAGAACAAAUACAAGGAGGCCAUUGGCUUCUAUGAGCCCAUCGUCAAGAAGAACUAUGAUAACAUCCUGAGUGUCAGCGCUAUUGUGUUAGCCAACCUCUGUGUGUCCUACAUCAUGACAAGUCAAAACGAGGAAGCUGAGGAGCUGAUGAGGAAGAUUGAAAAGGAGGAGGAACAGCUCUCCUAUGGCGACCCAGACAAGAAAAUCUACCACCUUUGCAUUGUGAAUCUGGUGAUAGGAACACUUUACUGUGCCAAAGGAAACUAUGACUUUGGCAUCUCUCGGGUUAUCAAGAGCCUGGAGCCUUACCAUAAGAAGCUAGGAACUGACACGUGGUAUUAUGCCAAAAGAUGCUUCCUGUCCUUGCUAGAAAACAUGUCAAAGCAUACAAUCAUGCUGAGGGACACUGUCAUUGAAGAAUGUGUGCAGUUCCUAGAGCACUGUGAAAUUUUUGGCAGGAACAUCCCUGCUGUCAUAGAGCAGCCCUUGGAGGAAGAGAGGAUGCACACUGGGAAGAAUACAGUCACCUAUGAGUCCAGACAGUUGAAAGCUCUGAUUUAUGAGAUCAUAGGGUGGAACAUGUAGUUACUUUUGAAAAGGUCAUUAGACUUUAUUUCAAAUCUGUAUUUUACUUUUUGUUUUCCUCUGCAUUUUUAUGCUUAUUUCAGUUUUGACUCUUUUAAAGCUAUAACAGAACAGUCUUUGCGCCCUUGUAACCACUGUGAUAUAGGCUCCCUAUUUUCUUACUAUGAGCCAUAGUCCACAUUGCUGCCACAACAUCCCUACUGAGGCAGAAACCUUCACAGCACUUAGUGUUUCGACUUUGGGCUGGAAAGGGGUCUUAGCCUUUGUCAGUUACUAGUGUACAGUGUAGUGAGACUACCAUGUAGACCUAGUAGCUGGGCCACAGCAAACCUCUCUUCAUCAGCAGAGAAACAGAAGGCAGAGUGUUCUCUUGGUACAUUAUGCUGCCCAAUAAAUCGAAUUCUUAGCCAUUUGCCUCCAGGUUUUUUGUUUCUUGGUUGAUUUGUGUGUUGGUUGGUCUUGUUUGGGGCCUUUCUGUUAACUGUUGUUUGAGUUCAUUCACUUUCUGGACCCCAAUAAAAAUCAAAGUCUAGUUUGGACCAAGUCUAAGUCUUUUUGAAAGUACAAGUACUAACAGAAUCAUUAUCUUAGGUUCUUUUCUGGUUAUUUUUAGCCAGUGGCUUCAUUUUUCUUUCAUGAUGUGCUUGGUUAGUUAGUUAUUAUGUUUUGCAAUCAACAUUUCAUUUCUUUACAAGUACUAAGUGUGGAAGUUUUUUUUAAAAGUGUGUGUGUAGGCAUGUGGGUGCCAUGGUGUAUUUGUAGAAGUCAGAACAACUUUUGGGAGGUUUCCCCUUUCUGCCAUGAGUCUUGUAGAUUGAACUCAAGUCAUCAGACUUACCCAGCAAGCACUUUUACCCACUGAGCCCUUUGGAAGCUCAGGUUUAGAAGCUUUGCAAAGUUUUUAGUUUAGAGAGAAGUGUUGAACUGAAAAUGAAAACAUUUGCAGACUUUCUGCACUCUGUGGGUCUUAAACAAUUCUUACUCCUGGGGGUCUUACAACACUUUCAGCUACUAGACCCCUUCUCCAAUUACUUUUGGCAACAGCAUCUAUUUCAGUAAAAUAUAUACAAAGGAAGCCUGCCUUCCUUAAUACCCUAGAAUGAUGAGCCUGGCCAAAAGGAAAUACAUGACUGCCUCUCAAAGUAAUGUAUUCUAGUACUUGGUUUACAGAAAAUGUUUACUACUAGGGGAAAUGUUAUAACUUGCUGCUUACUAAAAAAGACUGAAGGUUCUGUUUUUACAAGAUGUUUUUGCUUACAACUCUAGCUGUGAAUGUAUACAAGGCAGUCCCUCUUUUCUGUUACCAUUGUACGUAAACUAUGUAUUGUGUUAAUAUUUAGAAACAAUAAAAUUCUCAUAAUUUCCCUUUUCA